CGGUAAAAACGGCCCUCCUUUAAAGUUCCUGGGGGAAGAGUGAAGGGACCUGGGCGAACGACGGGAGAGGGGCCAAGAUUGAGCUCACAGGAUAAAUAUUUAUACAUUAUUCAUCCCGGGAGGAGUGGUGUUAAAGUGAAGACAAGGUUUGGGGACAUUUUAUCUGAUUGUGCAACACGGAAAACCAAGGGCUCCACUGCUCGAGAACGUCAGAAAAUAAAGAAAAUGGCGGAGCCGGACAAAUUAAACAUCGACUCUAUAAUUCAGCGCCUCUUGGAAGUCAAGGGAUCUCGGCCAGGGAAGAAUGUCCAGCUGACAGAAGGCGAGAUCCGUGGCCUUUGCCUCAAGUCCCGUGAAAUCUUCCUGAGUCAGCCAAUACUGCUUGAACUAGAGGCUCCCCUCAAAAUCUGUGGCGAUGUCCAUGGUCAGUACUAUGAUCUGCUCCGGCUGUUUGAAUAUGGAGGCUUCCCCCCAGAAAGCAACUACCUGUUCCUGGGUGACUAUGUAGACAGAGGGAAGCAGUCACUGGAGACUAUAUGCCUGCUCCUUGCCUACAAGAUUAAAUAUCCAGAGAACUUUUUCCUGCUGCGUGGCAACCAUGAAUGCGCCUCCAUUAAUCGAAUCUACGGCUUCUAUGAUGAGUGUAAGCGACGGUAUAAUAUUAAGCUGUGGAAGACCUUCACAGAUUGCUUCAACUGUUUACCUGUGGCUGCCAUUGUAGAUGAGAAAAUCUUCUGCUGUCAUGGAGGCCUCUCUCCUGAUCUCCAGUCAAUGGAGCAGAUCCGCAGAGUAAUGCGACCCACAGACGUGCCUGACCAGGGUUUGUUGUGUGACCUGCUGUGGGCCGACCCAGACAAAGAUGUGCUAGGCUGGGGUGAAAACGACCGUGGUGUCUCCUUCACAUUCGGGGCAGAUGUGGUGGCCAAAUUUUUGCACAAACACGACAUGGACCUAAUAUGCAGGGCACAUCAGGUGGUAGAAGACGGUUAUGAGUUUUUUGCAAAGAGGCAGCUCGUCACCUUAUUCUCGGCUCCCAACUACUGUGGAGAGUUUGACAACGCUGGUGCCAUGAUGAGCGUGGAUGAGACGCUCAUGUGCUCCUUCCAGAUUCUGAAGCCAGCAGAUAAGAAAUUGUAUCCUUAUGGUGGAGGGGGAGGAAUGGGAUCUGGGAGACCGGUUACCCCGCCGCGAAAUUCAGCCAAGGCCGCCAAGGCCAAGAAAUAACACCCGCUGGGUGCCCCUCCAACAACCUGCCACCCCCUGUCGGCCCAACACUCUUUUUUCCUCUACCUCCCAAACUUGUUUCUCCCUCGUCACCAAACGGCAACAAAGCAAACAAGUGUCCAGGGUUCAAUCAUGUUUUUUCUCUCUGAAACAAUUUUUAACUGUUUGUUUGGCUGUUUGCGUGUAAUUUUUGUGUGUGAAUGUGUAUAAAAAGUGAGAAUGACACAGAGGGAACAGCUGUAUUCUGUAUGUAUGAUUUUUUUUUUUUUUCUCCUUCUUCCUUCUGUACCCUCUGUUCUGUUUUCCUGUCAUGUUGUUGAGAUGGGUCCGAGCUUAUCCGUGAUGUAAAUUCAAACCUGGGUGCAGGGGGGGAGGGGAAGGGGAAGGGGGGUGUGAGAGAGAGGAGCCUUGGCUGUUUAUGUUAAGGCCCUGCACUGUUUAAUGCUAAACACAAGCUUUUGCUGUGUGAUGGGUGGGAGCCAGGGAGGGGUGAAGUUGCACGGUCAAACGGUAACGGCACAUACCACACACUGGGUGCACAGGUGGAUACAUGUGCAGGUGAAUCCUUGAAUGAAAUGGAUUCACAAUGAGACAUGUUUUUUUUUUUUUUUUUCUCUCUCUCUUUCCCUUUUGAAAACCAAUGAUUUGAGAACAGUCAUGGAUGUGAAAUAGUUUUGCUUCUUUUGUAGAUACAUGGAACCAACAUGGUUUGAUUUUUUUUUUUUUUUCUUUCUCCCUUUGGUUUUUAGUUCACUGAAAGUUAAGAUGAAUAAAAAUAACAAUUUAUUUGAAUUAUGCCAUCAUGCUGAUCACUUUGUGUUUGCCAUUGCUUUGUCCUGUCUGUCAGCGACCUUUGCCGUGCACAGUGGCUGCUCUUGUCUGUGAGAGUGGAUUGAUGAUGCAGCAGCUUGUCCUAUGAAUGAGGCUCACAAAAAUCCAAUUUUUGGCCCAGUUUACUUACUUUUAAAACAACAGGGCAUUCACAUGUUGAUUCAGUGUGGUCUUGCUAAAGAUGACAUUUGCUGGAAAUGUAUAAACUGUAGGAAAAGCUGGUUUCAGAACCAGACGUUACCUGUUUGAUCACAAAAAAACCAUCUUCAUUAGGAAACUCUUCAAUGCCAAUGGUCCUUUUCCCAAGUGAUUGUUGGAUGAUCAUGAGCACUUAGAUUUUAGCAGGAAUACAAAAGGGAGCGAGGGGUUCUGUCGCUGAGCCUCUGUUGCUUGUUGCCCUAUGUAUAUUAUGGGAGAUCUGUAAGAUGACACCGCUCAGUAUAAUCCAACAUCACCAUGUGCGGUUAAUAUGUUCCACAAUAUGUCUGGCAUUUAAUCUACGUUGAACUUUAACACAGCACUUUAUACUGGAAGAAGCCUACUGAGGAGAAAGUGGCUUGAAGGGUUUCCAUAUAUUUUUGUUGUGAACUAUCAAAGCGAGAUGAGAUGAUGAAUCAUUGCUCUGACCUUUCCAGUUCAAAGUGCUCCAGUCAAGUCCACUUCAUUUGAAUCCAUGAGAAAAAAAAACCCAGCAGAGACUGGGCUUAUUUAGAUAUAAACCCACAUGUAAUGGGGUUGUGUGCGAGCUAAACCUGGGAAAAUGAGAGCUGAAGAGGCAGCCCUUUAAACCUGAUCUGAGAAUCUGAGCACAACAUCCUUUUACUGACAAAACAUGGUGAUAUACUGAAGAUAGUCAUAUACAGCAAAUUCCUAAUGAGAUAUAGCUUAAAGUUUUGGUUUUAAUUCCCAGAUAAACAGCCACUGCUGUAUAGCAAUAAGUGAAUAAUUUUGAUGCUGCUUAUGUAGAGUGCUUGCAUUGCUUUUGACUGUAAUCAUCAUUCUCAGUUGCUGGAAGUAUGUUCUACUUUGCUUUCAGCAACUUGCUGUUGAAAAAAGCAUAAGCCAUAGACAGAAUCAAAUCAUUUACAUAUAAGAUAUUAUCAAAGUGGAUCCACUGAGAACUGAGCCCUCAAACAACAGUUUCCACAGUCGAAUUCAGAUUCAAACAGACAUUUUUGCAUGUUUCUGUAAGUUUUUUUUAAAUAGGAAUAAUCUCUUUUUGUAACUUCAUGUCACAUAUUGGCCAUUUUGCAUCCCCUUUACUGUAUAUUAAGUUCAGCUGGCAUACAGGGUGUCCCCAGUGAAAGCAGUCCAUAGUUCAGCGCAGGCUGUUGCAACUGGUGAAAAAAUAUUUAUUUCUACAGUGUUUCAGGGUCUCUCACCUCACGUCUCCUAAUAACCCCCCCCUCCACACACACACACACACACACACACACACACACACACCCUACAUAAUUGGUGUGUCUGGUAUUGAUAGUCUGCUGUCCGUCUUCAUUCUUCAGCCCUCUGUCCAAGUAUGAACACAUGCAACUGCAGCGCUCCAGACUGCUGCAAAGCCAGUACACAUUGGUCAAGUUGAGUGUAGUGCAUUAGCACACACUCAAGCAGAGGGGUGGGGAAGCUGGAAUCUACCCCACCUUUCUCCCUCCAUUUUCUCAGCCAGAGGUUUUCAACUCAGUACCUCAGAAAAUAAAUGUUUUUCUUUUUCUUCUUUUUAUUGAAAUCAAUGUAAGUAAUGUAAGUAAUCAAAACAUAAGAAAUCCUGCUAUGCUUUCUAACAUAGACUAAUUUGCAUACGCCGCAACUCAUAACUGCAUCAGGUAUUGUGUAAGGGGCGAGGCAGGUGAAGAAAACAUCAUUGGACUCGUGCGCUCAUGUUCAAUUCACAUCCAGUAAGGUCCAACUCAGGAAGUGAUGUUUAAAUUAAAUGGUGGUAUGAUUCAUAUACUAAUAGAAAUACAUGCAUAAACACCAUUAUUCCACGAUAUGUACAAGUCCGAUGACUCUCAGUGGCUAAAUUAAAACAUUUUAAAUGAGCUGAGCCCAACCUUGACAGUGUGGUUAGUCCAUUGGAGGAACAAGGUUCAGUGUGAUCUGCUCCUUUGAAGGUUAUUUCUUUUGAUUUGUAAAUUAUACAGAUCCACCUUUUGUGGAUAAAGCUGAUAUGAUAUAGAAUGAAAUCUGAAAAUGUACAGAAAUGUAUGGUAUUAAAGUCUAAUAGGAUCAUUAAAGGUUUAUACAAGGCUUGAGUGUUAUGAUGUUGUGGAGAUGAUCUCAAAUUGUGGGGUGAGAUUGUCUUUAACAAUGCAAAACAUUUAAGUGACUAAUAUAGCAGUAAAAAACAUGGAACUUAUAGAUCUGUCAUCUGAAUAAAUGGUCCAAUAAAGGCCUCUUCCAUUCCCAUUUCCAUAGCUGUAUAAACCUCUGCUUAAUUUUUUUUGUUUUAAUUGUUACUCUAUAUUUACUGUUGUUAUUACCUCUAAGAAUCUGCUCUUUAAUCACUUUUUGGUUCAUAUUGUUUUUACUGACAAAUUUAAUGCUAGAUACUGCGAGCUUCUUAGUGUUUUUAAUCUAUCAGGGAUGUUUUGCACCAUGCACUGUCGCUGGGUAGAUCUGAAAUUAUUAGAUUAUUACAAUUAAGAAAAAAAAAAACAAGAAACAGCACCAGAAGUUAACAGUAUUUUUUAUUUGUUUUUCAUUUGUUUUCAAAUCAAAUCACAAAUUGUCUCUGUUACAAGGUAGAAAUAAAAUAUAGAAUUUGUA